AUGUUCAGUUACCCUGGGUAUGUGUACACCACCCUCUACUCCCCUUCCCCCUCCCCUGCCUCCACUAUGUUCUUCCACCAGCAACACCACCAGCAGGAGGAGGAGGAGGAGGAGGAGGAGGAGGAGGAGGAGGAGGAGGAGGAGGAGGAGGAGGAGGAAGGAGAAGAAGAAGAGGAGGUAUCAACAAGAGAAAGAGAAGAGGACACGUGUGGCUCCGGUCGGAACUCCUCGGGGAAUUGCCGGCUCACCUCUGAAGAAAAGCGUACCAGCCAGCCUGCCCACCACACCCAAGUCAACAACCACUCUGUCGUCAUUGCAGAAAAACACAAUCAACAUGACCUGUUCUCCCCUGAGCCUGACCCCAAUGUGGUGGAGGCACGCUGUGACAAUGGUCUGGUGCGUGGUCAUGCUUACUCCAUCACUCGCAUCAAGUAUUGUGACAUCCAGACUCCAAGGGUGUCAGGCAAGAUCCCUCUGGUGCGCAUCCGUAACCCUUGGGGCAAUGAAGCAGAGUGGGUUGGCCCCUGGAGUGACAAGAGUCAAGAAUGGCAGUUCAUUCCUCCUGAGGAGAAAGAAGAGAUGGGUCUCACCUUUAAACAUGAUGGGGAGUUUUGGAUGUCUUUCAAGGACUUCUUGACCAACUUCACCAUGCUGGAGAUGACCAACCUCAACCCAGACUCCCUGGAGGACGAGGACAUCAUCGGCUCCGUGCAGCACAAGUGGGAGAUGAGUGUGUUUGAGGGAGCCUGGAUCAGGGGCUCCUCAUCUGGCGGAUGUAGGAAUUUCCUUGAUACAUUCUGGCACAAUCCUCAGUACAGAAUCACUUUGACUGAGGUUGAUGAUGAUGAUGACAACAAGUGUACAGUGAUUGUGGCACUGAUGCAGAAGAAUCGCCGUUCACAGAGGAAGCUUGGCUUAGAGUGCCUUACUAUUGGCUUUGCAAUUUAUUAUUUACGAGACCCAGAUGGUGUUCCUCGGCCUUUAGAUCUGAACUUCUUCAAGUAUUCUGCCUCAGUGGCUCGUUCCCCAUCCUUCAUCAACAUGAGGGAGGUGUCUUGUCGCUUCAAGCUGCCCCCUGGCACUUACUGCAUUGUGCCAUCCACCUUUGAGCCUAAUGAAGAAGGAGAGUUCAUUUUGAGAGUCUUCUCUGAAAAAGCCAAUGAAAUGGAGAAAAGCGUACCAGCCAGCCUGCCCACCACACCCAAGUCAACAACCACUCUGUCGUCACUGCAGAAAAACACAAUCAACAUGACCCGUUCUCCCCUAAGACUCAAAGGGUUCUCAAUGCAACACUGCUGAUUUCAUGAUACUGACAAGAACUGACUGUCACCUUGCUAUGUCCAACAGGAAAAGCGUACCAGCCAGCCUGCCCACCACACCCAAGUCAACAACCACUCUGUCGUCACUGCAGAGAAACACAAUCAACAUGACCCGUUCUCCCCUGAGGUAAGCCGCUGG